UGUGCACCACUUCUAGUCAACUUCUUCACCUCCCCUCUUCGCCCCAUUCUCUCUUGGUUUGAUCCGAUUUCAGGAGUUUCGAGAAAGCAAUACCUGCAAGUUCUGCUAGGUUCCUGAACUUAAACUGCACGUCGCAACAAAGGGAGGGGAACGCGUCUGGGUCCCGGAGUGCACCCACUUAGCUGCUUUUUCCCCUCUCUUGCUCGAAUGAUGGAAGGGAUGGAGGACGCCGAGGCCGAUUGCUCGGCUGCAUUUGCAGAGGCUCAGAGAUGGGUAGAGGCUGUGACUGAGAAGAAUUUUGAAACCAAGGAUUUUCGAGCCUCUCUAGAAAAUGGUGUUCUGCUGUGUGAUUUGGUUAAUAAGCUCAGACCCGGCAUCAUUAAGAAGAUCAAUAGACUGUCUACACCAAUAGCAGGUUUGGAUAACAUAAACGUUUUUUUGAAAGCUUGUGAACAGAUUGGAUUGAAAGAAGCCCAGCUUUUUCAUCCUGGGGAUCUACAGGAUUUAUCAAACCGAGUCACUGUCAAGCAAGAAGAGACUGACAGGAGACUGAAAAAUGUGUUGAUAACUUUGUACUGGCUGGGAAGAAAAGCACAAAAUAAUCCCUACUAUAAUGGUCCCUAUCUCAAUCUGAAAGCUUUUGAGACUCUGUUGGGCCAGGCUUUGACAAAGGCUCUAGAAGACUCUAGCUGCCUGAAAAGAAGUGGCCGUGACAGUGGCUACGGGGAUAUCUGGAGUCCCGACAGAGGAGAAUUUCCUGCCCCUCCAGGUAGCCAUAGGAGGGAAGAUUCCUUUGAAAGCUUGGACUCCUUGGGGUCUAGAUCCCUGACCAGCUGCUCCUCAGAUCUCACGCUCAGAGGUGGGAAGGAAGGUUUCGAGAGUGACACAGACUGGGAAAUCACAUUCAAGAUGCAGGAUUACAACAAAGAUGAUAUGUCCUAUCGAAGGAUUUCAGCCAUUGAGCCGAAGUCGGCCCUACCAUUCAACCACUUCUUGCCCAACAAAAGUAAACAGUCGUCCUACGUACCAGCGCCUCUGAGGAAGAAAAGGACAGACAAAAACGAGGACAACAGAAGAAGCUGGGCAAACCCAGUCUACACGGAAUCAGACGGGACAUUUUCAAGUAACCGGAGGAGGACUUGGGGUCCCAAGAUGGAGCGCUGGCACACAGUCCACGAAACGUCAACCUCCUCUUGUUAUUUGGAAGAGGAGGAGGAAAAGAUAACGCGCAUCCCCAACCUUGUGAAGGACGAUCUCUAUGUACGAAAGCUGAGUCCAGUCGUGCCAAGCCCAGGGGGUUCUUUUGAUCAGUUUCUUCCCAAGUGCUGGAGCCCAGAAGAUAUGAGCUGGAAAAAACUAAAGAGGGAGACUUAUAAGCCCUGGUAUAAGGAGUUUCAGGGAUUCAGGUGGAAUUCAGACUCUGAGGAUGAGGACUCAGGCUCCCUCAGAAGCGCCACAAUUUUUAGUAGACUAGAAAAGGCAGAGAACAGGUUAGCCAGCAACUACCCAAGACCUUCACUCUUGCUGGAGCGAGCCACCAGACAUGCCAUGAGGUCACAGGACGCCUAUGCAGCCAGGAGGACCAGCGGUGCUUUGAGAGAGUCCAGUCAGUUUUUAUUGCUUCAGGCCCUUCAGACAUACUCUGAUGACAUCUUGUCUUCGGAUACAAAUGUCAAACUCGAUCCCACCUCUGGCCCAAGGCUCAUAACUCGCAGAAAAAAUCUCUCUCACACACCAGGCUAUCAAGCAGAUGACCUUGAGCUGACAGCCUUGGAUCCUGACUUAGAAAAUGAUGAUUUCUUUGUCAGAAAAACUGGGGCUUUCCGUGCAAAUCCUUGUGUUUUUCGAGCCUUUGAAGACAUUCGAAGGUUCUCUGAGCCAGACGAUGCUGUUGAAAGAGAUAUAAUUUUGCAGUGUCGGGAAGGUGAACUUGUACUUCCAGAUUUAGAAAAAGACGAUAUGAUUGUUCGUCGGAUCCCAGCACAGAAGAAAGAGGUGCCGCUGUCUGGGGCCCCCGACAGAUACCAGCCAGUCCCUUUUCCUGAACCCUGGACCUUACCUCCAGAAAUCCAAGCAAAAUUUCUCUGUGCCCUCGAAAGGACAUGCCCACCCAAAGAAAGAAGCAGUGGCUGCCGAGUCUUAGUCCCUUCCCACCGACAGAAAAGAGACGACAUGUUGACUCGCAAGAUCCAAUCAUGGAAGCUGGGGACUGCUGUGCCUCCUGUCAGCUUCAAGCCUGGCCCCUGCAGCGAGGCCGACCUGCAGAAGUGGGAGGCCAUCCGGGAGGCCAGCAGACUUAGGCACAGGAAGCGGCUGAUGGUUGAGAGACUCUUUCAAAAGAUUUAUGGUGAGAAUGGGAGCAAGUCCAUGAGCGAUGUCACCGCAGAGGAUGUUCAGAACCUGCGUCAGCUGCGCUACGAGGAGAUGCAGAAAAUAAAAUCCCAACUGAAAGAGCAAGAUCAGAAAUGGCAGGAUGAUCUUGCAAAAUGGAAAAGUCGCCGGAAGAGUUACAAUUCAGAUCUACAGAAGAAGAAGGAGGAGAGGGAAGAGAUCGAAAAGCAGGCCCUGGAGAAGUCUGACCGAAGCUCCAAGACAUUUAGGGAAAUGCUGCAGGACAGGGAAUCUCGAGUUCUGAAUUCUACCAGGAGGAUGUAUUCUGCCGAUGACGCCCUGGAUGAUGAAGUACUUCUUCCUACAGUGACUCUGUCUGAAACCAGCUACCAGAGAGAGAGACUGGGAGACCAGGCAACAGUUUAUCCUGCCGAGACGGCCAAAGAAGACUCCACAUUUGCAAAGAGACAGGACAGUGUAGCAGCUGAGAUUCAGCUUCCUUCUCAUAUUCCUGAAGAGCAAAGGCCGGACCCUUUAUCUGCUGUGGAACCACACCAGGCCCCUUUGUCUUCUGCAGAACCACAUCAGGCCUCCUUGUAUUCUGCAGAACCGCACCAGGGCCCUUUGUCUUCUGCAGAACCGCUCCAGGGCCCCUUGUCUUCUGAGGAACCACACCUGGGCCCCUUGUCUUCUGCAGAGCCUCACCAGGCCCCCUUGUCUUCUGCAGAACCGCACCAGGGCCCUUUGUCUUCUGCAGAACCGCACCAGGUCUCUUUAUCUUCAGUAGCACAGCGUCCAGUCUCUCUCUCGUUUCAGCAGUCGCUGAGUACAAGAGGAGAGUCGACUCGGAUUUCAGCUUCUCUCCCUAGAAGUUACCAGAAAGCCGAUACAGCCAGGUUAACAUCUGUGGUCACAGCGAGACCUUUUGGCACGCAGUCAAGGGGAAUCUCAUCACUGCCCAGAUCCUACACGAUGGAUGACGGCUGGAAGUACAAGGGCGGUGUUGAGGUUGUCAAGAGAGCUCAACAGAAUUUGGUCAAAGUCCCUGCCCCGACGCUUGACUCCACCCAGUUUGUUUCGGUUUCAUCCAGUGAGAAGGAGGCAGUCGCAGGAGAAGAUGUGGCAAGCCUGUCCUCUUCCACACCCUUUUCUUCGCUCUCGCAAGGCCAGGAAGCCACUUCAAAAGCCACACACUCUGGAGAAGGGGGAAGCUCAUCACUGAGGGAUAUUUCAAGGUCCCAGGAUCAGUUCAGCGAUAUGAGAAUCAGCAUAAACCAGAUGCCUGGGAGCCAACCUGACUUCGGGUUUACAAUAAAAUGGGAUUUUUCUGGGAUCUUCGUGGCAUCCGUUGAAAAAGGUAGCCCAGCAGAAUUUUCUCAGCUGCAGGUAGAUGAUGAAAUUCUUGUCAUCAAUAACACCAAGUUUUCAUAUAAGGAUACAAAAAAGUGGGAGGAAACCAUGGCAAGUGCCCAAGAAACUGGAAACUUAGUGAUGGAUGUCAGGCGCUAUGGAAAGGCUGACUGGGGCAGAGACCAACCUCCCCUGCCAUCUAUACGGCAUAAAACCCUCAAUCUUACCAGUGUGGCUACCAAAAUUAUAGGUUCACCCGAAACAAAGUGGACGGACAUGACUUCAGGGAUUUACUCCACGGACAAGUCCUCAAGUCUGUCGGUAACAAUUGAUUUCUCUGAAAGCCUUCAGAGUCCUUAUACUGAAUCCAAAGAAAUCAAUGGGAUCCAUGAGGAAAGCAACACCCUUGAUUCAAAAGAAUCAGAAUCCAUUUCUUUGAGAAAUUUAAAAAGGCGAUCCCAAUUUUUUGAACAAGGGAGCUCCGAUUCUGCUGGUCCUGAUGUUCCGGUUCCAACCCUCAAUGCCCCAAGUCGCUGGGCAUGGGAUCAAGAGGAGGAGCGAAAACGACAGGAGAGGUGGCAGAAGGAGCAGGACCGCCUACUCCAGGAAAAAUACCAACGUGAGCAAGAAAAGCUGAGGGAAGAGUGGCAGAAGGCGCAACAGGAGGCCGAGAGAGAGAAUUCCAAGUACUUGGAUGAGGAGCUGAUGGUCCUAAGAUCCAACAGCAUUUCUCUGACUACACGGGAGCCUGUGGCUGUCACUUGGGAAUCCACUUGGAGUGAAGGGUCCAAGUCUUUGGACCGGGAAGGAACCCGGGCAGGGGAGGAGGAGAGAGGACAUCUGGAAGAGGAUGCUGUUCUUGAGGACAAAAGUUGGAAACUGCAGGAGCAGCUCAUGGUUGAGCAGGAGAGGAAACGGAAGGAAGAAGCUCAGGAGGAAGAGCUUCGGAAGCAGCGGGAGGCUGAGGCCCAGGCGCAGGCUGAGGCCGAAGCCAAGGCCCGAGCAGAGGCCCAGGCCCAAGCCGAGGCUCAAGCACGAAAGCAAGCUGAAAUACAGAAGUACCAGGCAGAGAGGGAGCGAGAAACUUCGGUCAAGAUCUACCAAUACCGGAGGCCUAUUGAUUCCUACGAUAUAACAAAGAGAGAGGAGGAAUCUUCAGGGAUGCUUUCUACGGACAGGAGUAAGUCAAGAUCUACUACGGAACUAAAUGAUGCCCUCAGAGAGAAAAAUGGAGGCAGCAAGUAUUCUGACCGAAUCGGGACUACUAGCUUUUCACAAAGGAGCUCCAGGAAGGAUCAGGGUCCUUCAGAAGCAGAAUUGGAGAGACAGCAAAUCCUGCAGGAAAUGAGGAAGAGAACGUCUCUCCAUCACGACAACAGCUGGAUCCGACAGCGCAGCGCCAGCGUGAACAAAGAGCCCAUCUGCCUGCCUGGGCUCAUGAGAAGAGGGGAGUCCUUGGACAACCUGGACUCCCAGCGGCCCAGUUCCUGGAGGCAGUCCCCAUGGCACAGCCAACCGGCAGGAGUCUAUGCCUCCUCCUCCGUUCAAGACUUCAGUCGCCCACCUCCACAGCUGCUGUCCACAUCAAACCGUGCCUACAUGAGGAACCCAUCCUCGGCGGUACCACCUCCAGCUAGCCCUGUGAAGACCAUCGUCCCAGGCCCUGCCCCCCCAGGGUCUCCUACCCCACGCAGCUGUUCCCCGGCCAUGUCACAGUCGGGCUCUCAGCUCCGCAACAGGUCAGUGAGUGGGAAGCGUGAGUGUUCCUACUGUAAUAAAAUUCUGGGCAAAGGAGCCGCUAUGAUCAUCGAGACCCUGGGUCUUUGUUAUCAUUUACAUUGUUUUAAGUGUGUCUCCUGUGAACGUGACCUCGGAGGUUCCUCCUCAGGAGCUGAAGUCAGAAUCCGAAACAGCCAACUCUACUGCAAUGACUGCUAUCUCCGAUUCAAAUGUAAGAGAGCAAAUCAGAGAGAAAAUUUCUUGUCUUUUGAGGAGACCACGGGUUCCUAUGCCUUUUCCUGAGCCUGCAGCCACCUCUUCCUCAGGUUCACUACCAUAGGAUCGUGGGUUUCAGGGGUCAGAGUCUGUCCCAUUCCAAGAAGGGAUGUAGUGAAUCCCAGCCACCUAGGAGGAGAUUGUGGGUUGAAGCAACUCAAGGGACUUGUACCCAGAAAUCAGGACAUUGACUCUGGUUUGCAAAGAUCCAGAAGAAACUUCUAAUGACUCCUGGGCUCAGAACAGGGGUUAAGACAAGUCUGUUUUCUGAUUAAGGUCACAUCUCUUAUCAGCUCAUCUCGAUUAUCUGAUAAUGAGAGCUUAUUACGUGACUUAUAAUCAACUCUGAAAAUGAUUGAACCUGAGAGUAUCACUUUCUGCUUUAUGAUAAUGCGUAGCCAUAUAUCCAUACAUAUAUUUUUUGAAGAAGAGAGCCUUAAUUCUGUUUAAUAUGGAGUUUCAGUAUCAUUGAAUUAAAAACAAUUUAAAUGCUACUUCCUUCUAAGUAUGUGUUUGAGCCUUGUGAAGUCUAGGUAGCAUAACUUGGGUAUGUAUUGUUAGAGCCUCUGCAAGACAACAGUUAUUGCUGUAUAUCAUUUUGAACCUUGACGCUGGUAACAUGUUUCUUCCUUGUGAAAGGGUAUUACAAGUGGUACCUACAAACCUAUUGCUUUUGAACUCGGAGGUAUUUAUAUGGCCCCUUAUAUGAAGCGUGUUUGGAAAUGAUUUGAACUGAUCAACUCUUUUUUAUCUGUCAGUGGCUUCUGAGCCUUCUCUGCUGGCUGUCCAGGCCUUUCUUGGAUAAUGACCCUGAAGUUGGGAGAAUAUCAAGGCUGGGCAUUGGAUCUGGGGUGGUGGUGUGUAUGUGUGUGCAUUUUUCUCUUUUGAAUCCAAAGCCAAAUAUCAUUGAUUUUUGGAGCUACUGCCCACGCCUUUUCUCCCCUUCAGUACAAAUAAUAGAGUUGCAGGCCUUUUGUUUUCUGAUUCAGCAGCUCAUUUUUACUCUGUUUUACACAUAAAGAGUUCUAGACCCAAGAGGCUGCAUUCUGCCUACCUUCAUCCUAAGACUGAGUGACAAGCAACUCUUUCUACCUCACUGGGCCCCUCUGAGUGACGACUGCUAUGUGUCCCAUGUGCUGAUAUUCACAUGCUUUUGAGUCUGAGCACUUUUCUCUCUUCUCUCCCUGCCUGAUUAGCUGGACGGCCAACCGCCAUGUGAUGUAAGCCUCCAUUCGAAAGCACUGUUGCAGAUAGAAGAAGAGGCGGUUGCCACUGAUGCAGAACUAUAAAUAUGUCUUGUAUGCGCCCCCCCCCUUUUUUAAAAGAAGAACCUUUGCCUCAUUAGAUGACAUAGGAACACUGUAGUGUUGGUAGGACUUGUAUUUUUACUGUUUAUUUAUAAGAUGGUAAUUAUGUCUGUGUGGGGGGAAGUGCAGUAUUUGCCUUUGAACUCAGUAUCCUAAAAGCACAAGUGGAAACAACCCCAAGAACUUAAAAAAAUACUUUUGAGGCCGAUGAUGAUCUAGUUUGACCCUUUGGUGGUGUUUUGAAGAGGGCAUUUUAUUUUAUUUUUUUUUAAGUUCUGAAACAUUAUUUGAAAUAGUUAAUAUAAAUAUGUAAUUGUUUACUGUUUAUUGUAUUGUAUUCUAAGUUAAUGUGAAACUAUGUGAAAAAUUUUCAUUUAAAUCCACCCAUAAAUUUGCUUUUUGUGGCUUUCUUUACACAGAAAUAAUCCAAUUGAAAAAUAAUUUUGUUCAUGGGAUAUUUUAUUUGCUUGAAGAGGGCAUUCUAUUUUCCUUACAAGGACUGUCAUGCUGAGCAAAUAUAGUAGACAGCUGCUUAUUUCCAGUAAUGAAAAAUAACCAUGGUUUCCUUCAAGAAACUAGUGAGCUUUUCUGUUCAGUUGCCUUUGUAAAUAAAAUUGGUGAUGCGUUUAA